UAAACAACCAAGAUGGCCGCCACCGAUGAGCGCGCAUUUGACCGAAAGUACCCGACGUCUUCAAAUGUCUCCAGCGUCGCUAAACAGACAGUCGCGCGAUUCUUGCGCGUCCGUCGGUGACUCCUCUUGGAAAUCGAAAAUGAACCGAGAGGUGCCAGGCUCACACCCGGCUAGCAGGACAUGGUUUGGGUGGAUUGGUGGGGGUUUCUGUCUGUGAGUUCAACAUGGAGUUCAACCCGUCGGACCACCCGCGGGCCAGCACCAUGUUCCUCAGCAAAUCCCAGAACGACGAGGUGCCUUUCAGGAACUUGCACGAGAAGCGAAAGAGCCUCUUCAUCAAUAACCAUGGAACGUUGAGGCGGAAGUACAGCUCCUGCUCCACCAUCUUCCUCGACGACAACACGGUCAGCCAGCCCAACCUCAAAUACACCAUCAAAUGUGUAGCACUGGCGAUUUACUACCAUAUAAAAAACAGGGACACGGACGGAGGAAUGCUGCUGGACAUAUUUGAUGAAAAGCUUCACCCUCUCUCAAAAUCGGACGUGCCGCCGGACUACGACCAACAAGACCCGGAGCAGCGGCAGAUCUACCGGUUCGUCAGGACGUUGUUCAGCUCCGCUCAGCUCACGGCUGAGUGUGCCAUCGUCGCACUGGUCUACCUGGAGAGGCUCAUGACCUACGCCGAGAUCGACGUCGCUCCGGGCAACUGGAAGAGGAUCGUCCUGGCCGCCAUCCUGCUCGCCUCCAAGGUCUGGGACGACCAGGCCGUCUGGAACGUCGACUACUGCCAGAUCCUCAAGGACAUCACCGUGGAGGACAUGAACGAGUUGGAGCGGCAGUUUCUGGAGCUGCUGCAGUUCAACAUCAACGUGCCGUCCAGCGUCUACGCCAAGUAUUACUUCGACCUGCGCUCGCUCGCCGAGUCCAACAACCUCAGCUUCCCCCUGGAGCCGCUCGGCAGGGACAAGGCCCAGAAACUGGAGGCUAUUUCCAGGCUCUGCGACGACAGGUACAAAGACGUUCGGCGAGCGGCCAAGAAGCGCUCGGCGAGCACGGACAAUCUGUGUGGAGUCAGAUGGGUCCCUGCGAUUCUCUCCUAACCACUGGCAACAAAACAACGAAAAAAAGAAGCAACAACACAACAUCUGUCGUUUUGGUGAUGAUGUGGUGAACUUUCUAACUCAACCCGAUGCCUUCACAGUGCCUCAACUCAGCGAUGGAACGAGAGAGAAAAGGGAGUUCCCUGGUUUGUUUCAUCGCCUGUGGCGGAAGAAAAUGACAGAACCUCCAAACUUCCUCUGGCGGCAGCGUGAACUUGCCUGAACGUAAAGACUCUCUCCGUUCAGUUAUGACAUAAGCUACCUUUCAAAUGAUCCUGGGACUUUUUUUUUUUUACAGUGAAGCGUAUUAUUUAUUACACCUUAUUAAUUAAACCGAUCCCUAACUGCAAAAAAAUUAAAAACAGUAGCGUAGCACUGGAAUUAGCACCCGGUUAUUUAUUUUUCCUUUCGACAGGUCUUAGGGAAGUUUUCUUCCUCUGGCCAUCUUCGUAUUCCAGGUUUUACAGUAUUUUCUAGUUGCACAUGUCGUCACUCAGGUAGUCUGUUUCGUAUGUGAGUGGGUUUCUGAUGCUCCUCAUCUUGAGUUCAUACCGAGGAUUGAAACACACAAACGAUGGGCUCGCCGAUACGAGCGCGAUCGGUCUCUGAUAUUGUAGGGACAUGCACAAUCAAACACUUACAGGCAUAAUACUGUAGGGCAUGAAAUACACACUGUCUUUUAUCCACUAUCCGUAAUAUUUUUGGCUAUAGCUUAACAUGUCUUUGUUAAGAAGUUGGAGCAGUUUAUCAAACGUGAUUAAUUAAUUUCUUUCCCUCAAGCCAAGUUGGAUUUCAGACGCGUCUCUCUGCUGACAUCUAGUGGCUAUUUGAGCAUUGCACACCACUACCUAGUCACGUUUGGGGAUUUUUUUUUUAAACAGGGCAGCAAACAUAUUUCACAUUUCUAUCAGUGGUAUUUGUUGGAGUGGGGUUUUUUCUUCCUCUACUCCCAGAAUUAAUGACAAUUUCACGGCGACUAUCCAUCUAAAGUCGCAGUAAAAACAAUAUUUUGGUCCGAGACAAGACAUCUGAAAAACAGAUAUGAUGGAUGCCACUCCAUGUAAGUGAGUCAGAUGUGUGUGAAGAUAUCCUGUUGAUUGUGGGGGGAAGAAAAGAAAGAUGCAAGGGAUAUUUUUGCACUUAACAAAUGUUAAAGAUUCAAAUAGACUAAAAGUUCAACCUCAAACUUACAGAAUAAUCUACAGCUGUGUGUUCAGGUACAUGGUGCAGAUGGUUUUAUCAUAAAUUUCAGUAUUAAAGGAGCCUGAUAACAAUGCACUACAGAUACCGUACAGUGGGGAAAAUCUCUAGUCUUAUUAAGUGAUGUGAAACGUGACACUGAUACUUUGGAAAAAGGGAACAAGGUUCAACUUUCCAUGCUGCAGACUUAACCAAAGAAAAACUGCGCGAGCGCGUUGGCUGCGAUCACGUCGUCAGGGAUGUGACCAACAACAGAUCAAAAGCCCAGGUCAGAGUCAAUGAAAGGAUCAAGAGUCGCUCACUCUUUUCCAGCACAAGGAUAAUUCAUUAAUUGCCUUCACGUCUCGGACACAUUCUGAUAUUUGGGAAUGUUAACGAAACCAAAAAUAAGAAUCAUCUUAGUGCACUUGUUUCUCUGUUCAAUCUCAGUAUGAAGUCACGUUUUAAUAAACCCUGACUGCUGAGCCAACAACUCGACGGUAUUGAGACCGCUGACAACAUUCUUACAAUUUCUAAUUGUAUUGUAUUUCCAUUGUGCGUGUUAAUUUUCAUUUGAAUCGCUUCUUGGCAAACUUAACUGAUCAGGUUUCUCCCCCCGGUUUUUUUUUCUUGCCUCACUGAAAACUGAAGCAACUGAAACUACAAUUGUUUUGCUGAUUAACUUUGUACAGUGUAUAAAACAAACAGACGCAGACAGGACCGUUGUAAAUUGUUCAUGGACUUGUGUUUUCAAUAAAAGAUUAAAUGCUGUUGUCUAAUAA